GUGAAUUUCCGUGAGCCGAACUGAUUGAACGAUUGUAACAAACUUAUCUGGUUGGCGAAUGGUAAUGCACUUUGUACCUGCUAUAUUCUUUUAAUCUGUGCAUUCAGGCGUAUUCCAACGUUUAAUCGUCGAGAAUUCUGAAAGCAGAGAAGGGGAGACCGGAUUUUGUGCAACGAAACCAGAUUUCUGAUUUCUCCAUAACCAGAAGAGCCCAACCAUGUCCUCAUCCAAUGGAAAACUUCGUUACGAUGGCCGUGUGGCGGUGGUGACCGGAGCAGGCGCCGGUUUGGGCCGCGAGUACGCCCUCCUCUUCGCGGAACGUGGCGCCAAGGUGGUGGUCAACGACCUGGGUGGCUCCCAUGCCGGCGAGGGUGCCUCGCAGCGGGCCGCCGACGUUGUGGUGGAUGAGAUCCGCAAGGCUGGCGGCGAGGCGGUGGCCGACUACAAUUCGGUGAUCGAUGGGGCAAAGGUCAUCGAGACGGCCAUCAAUGCCUUCGGACGCGUGGACAUCCUGGUGAACAAUGCCGGCAUCCUGCGCGAUCGCAGUCUGGUGAAGACCAGCGAACAGGACUGGAAUCUGGUCAACGAUGUCCAUCUGAAGGGCAGCUUCAAGUGCACCCAGGCCGCUUUUCCGUAUAUGAAGAAACAGAACUAUGGCCGCAUCAUCAUGACCUCAUCGAAUUCGGGCAUCUAUGGCAAUUUCGGUCAGGCCAACUACUCGGCGGCCAAGAUGGGACUGGUGGGACUGGCCAACACGGUGGCCAUCGAGGGUGCCCGCAACAAUGUCCUAUGCAACGUCAUUGUGCCAACGGCCGCCAGUCGUAUGACUGAGGGCAUCCUGCCCGACAUUCUCUUCAACGAGCUGAAGCCCAAGUUGAUUGCCCCCGUGGUGGCCUACUUGUGCCACGAGUCCUGCGAGGAUAAUGGCAGCUAUAUCGAGAGUGCCGCUGGCUGGGCCUCCAAGAUUCACACUGUUCGCGGCAAGGGCUCAGUGCUGCGACCCUCGCUGGAUGACCCCGUGACCAUUGAGUACGUUAAGGACGUGUGGUCCAAGGUGACCGACAUGUCGCAGGCCAAGCACUUGAACGCCAUCGGCGAGGCUUCCGGCACCCUGCUGGAGGUGCUCGAGAAGCUAAAGGAAGGCGGUGCCGAUGCCGUGGAGGACACCUUCGAGUUCAACAGCAAGGAGCUCAUCACCUACGCCCUGGGCAUUGGGGCAACCAUCAAAAACGAAAAGGACAUACGCUUCCUGUACGAAAACGAUUCCGACUUCGCCCCCAUUCCAUCAUUCUUCGUGCUGCCCGGCCUCCUGCUGACCAUGUCCACCGACAAGCUGAUCAGCAAGGCCCUGCCCAACGCCCAGGUCGAUUUCACCAACAUUCUGCAUGGCGAGCAGUACCUGGAGAUCUGCGACGAUCUGCCCACCAGCGGCACUUUGGUGACCAGCGGCAAGGUCUUCGAUGUGAUGGACAAGGGAUCCGGCGCCGUGGUGGUCACCAAUACCGACUCCUUUGACGAGAGCGGCCGUCUUUUGGUGCGCAACCAGAGCAGCACAUUUGUGGUUGGAGCCGGCAAAUUUGGCGGCAAGAAGGAACCCAUUGCCGGAGUAGUUCCACUGCAGCCGGCUCCCAGUCGCCAGCCGGACGCAUCCAUUCAGUAUGCCACGAGCGAGGACCAGGCGGCACUUUACCGCCUGUCCGGCGACAGGAAUCCCCUGCACAUCGAUCCCCAAAUGGCCCUGCUGGCCGGCUUCAAGACACCCAUCCUCCAUGGACUCUGCACACUGGGCUACUCGGUGCGCGCCGUGCUGGCCCAAUAUGCGGACAACGACCCGGCUUUGUUUAAGGCCGUCAAAGUCCGCUUCUCCGGACCCGUCAUUCCGGGCCAGAGUUUGCGCAUCGACAUGUGGAAGCAAGGCACACGCAUUCACUUCCGCACCGUGGUCGUGGAGACCGGUAAGGAGGUCAUCUCCGGAGCCUAUGUCGACCUGAAGAGCGCACAGGCCAAGCUCUAAGCUGACCAGUGAUACCUUUGACUCCGCCUUCGUCGCGAUGAAUCGUAUUUGUCCUUAGAUGUGGUAUUGUAUAGCGUCCGAUUACCAUGUACACAUAACAAAGAUGCGUGUAGUAUAUACAUGCAACUGCUAAAACACCCUUGGUGGUAGAAGUAUUUUUUUAACACUUUAAUAUUCCCAAUAAAAAUUUAAAAAAAUAAA